GUGUUUGGUACUCUGGGUGCGUGGUAGUUUGGUUUCUGCUCCGGGUUCGCUGUCACAGCCCGUCACUCCCCGGAGCCCGGGACAGACAGGGCAACGCCCGUGUGUGUGUGUGUGAGCGGGACUCAGGGCAGAGGCGUCCUCUCGCUGUCUUUUUUUCUUCCUUUUAUCCAAAGAAGGGGGCAGUUCUCGCGCUUGCCUUCCUGUCGCCCCGUUGGGAGCGGGGUUGGUGUGCGGAGUGGUUCGUCUUUUUUUGUUUUAAACUUGUGAGCGUUUUUGGUUUUGUUUUUAUUUUUUUCCUCCCCUUUUUUUAGGCUCAGUGCCGUCUGGACUGGUUUCAUUGGUCCCUGACUAACCGCUUUCUGCCCCUUCUCUCGCCACCCCCGCCCAAGGUCGCCCCUCUGCCCUCGCCCCUGGCCCGGGGGGUGGGAAGCUUUGUCAGGCUCCCUGCCCACUCGAGUCUCCGCAGCGUAGCAGCACCUGCUUCAGUAUGAACGGGGUCAACGACCCCCCUCUUUUUAUAAAAGAUAUUAAGCCCGGACUGAAAAACUUAAAUGUCGUCUUUAUUGUGCUGGAGAUAGGACGCGUGACCAAAACCAAAGACGGCCAUGAAGUGAGAUCAUGCAAAGUAGCAGAUAAAACUGGCAGCAUCACUAUUUCCGUGUGGGAUGAAAUCGGAGGUCUUAUACAGCCAGGGGAUAUUAUUCGGUUGACCAGAGGGUAUGCAUCCAUGUGGAAAGGAUGUCUGACACUUUAUACUGGAAGGGGUGGAGAACUUCAAAAAAUUGGGGAAUUUUGUAUGGUUUAUUCAGAAGUGCCAAAUUUCAGUGAACCUAACCCAGAUUAUCGAGGACAGCAGAACAAAGGGGCACACAGUGAACAGAAGAAUAAUUCCAUGAAUAGUAAUAUGGGUACAGGUACAUUUGGACCAGUGGGAAACGGUGUUCAAACUGGCUCAGAAGCAAGGGGAUGCCAAUUUUCAUAUGCUGGUAGAAGCAAUGGCCGGGGACCUGUAAAUCCACAGCUACCAGGAACAGCUAAUAAUCAAACAGUCAUGACCACAAUAAGUAAUGGCAGGGACCCUCGGAGAGCCUUUAAAAGAUGACCUAUGCCAAAUACACACAUGUAGUUUUUAAACUACGUGCCCUACUUGAACACUUACUGCACUUUUAUUUAUUGUUAACUGUGAAAACUGUCCUUUAUCGGUUUCCUUUUAUGUUUUUGGUUUGUUAACAAGAGUGGUUUGUUUUUUAUAGCAGAACUAUUAAGCGGCUCGAGUCUCCUAUUGAAGAAUGGGAACACUGAAGAAUAGGGGCAUUUAGUUUUAGAGCAAAAAGAUCUUUCGAUAUCCUCUAAAAUACCUGCACCCAUUUCAUGGGUGAGUUACUUACGACAUCAGCAUUUUAGCCUCUAUGAGUCUAUUUUCUGUAUAAACUUUGUAAUUUUUAAAAUAAGGCUUAGUGGGAGAUGUUCUUUUGGCUUAAAAACAGAUAUGGCCAGCUAAAGCAAUAACCACCAAAAAAGCAAAAACAUGGUUAAUGCUAACAGCAAUUUUUGAGUGUUUGUGACUCCAGGAAUGAUUGACUUCUCCAUUGAGUGACUGCCAUUAAGAUUUUCCAGGGACUGAAUCAUCGUAGACUCUUGUUCUGUUACCAAAAAACAUAUUCUUUAUCAGAAUUAUGGAAUAGAAUGUGAUCUGUAUUAUAACAAGAAAUUUUUAGAAGAAAGCUACAUUUACUUUAUCUUAGGGUAGUCCUGUUAAUACUUACCAGCUUUGUGCAUUACACUGAAUGGGAAUUUAAAACUGAGGCCUUGAAUGUUUAUUUUCUUAAACUACUAUGUCAAAUAUUGAAGUUUAAUUUGAGGGAGUUAUGAAGUCAUAAUAAACAUUGAUCUAAUUUUUACAAAUUAUGGUAGAUAAAUAUUAUAGUGAAGGUAAUUCAAAUUGAAUUUAUGUAGAAAAAUGUAAUCUUAAUUUAUGGCGUCCUAGGUACUUGCAGAAACGCAGCCUGGAGUGAAAUUCCUAGGUUCUUACUUUAUUUGAGGGUAUGUGUGUGUGUUUAUUGUCAGUUUCUGAACACAAUUCACAAAGCCUUAUCAGCAACAGUUAAGAAAUGGCUCUCUCAAAGAAGCAAAUACAGCUUUAUUUAGAAAUGUAAAGGUAGAAGUUAUUUAUGUGUUGUAAGUGGUGUCCAGUUCCACUUUUUACUGUAUGGUGGAUAACUGGUAAAUUUUUCCUUUGUUGGAAUUAAACUCUUCUUCAACAUUAUCUCUUGAAUAAAACUUGCGUUAAUGUUAACAGACCUA